GGGGAGCGCGCGGCCGCGGUGUUUCCAUGACGACGACGUCGGGGACCCGGGCGGGGUCGGCCUGGACGCAUGCGCGCGCGAGCAGGUCACGGGGCGUCUUUCCGAGUCGCCCGCGCUGCUGGUCGCGGUUCCGUGAACCGCGGGCGGCCCCGGGCUCCCUCCUCGGCCAUGGCCCCCGCGCCCAGGUCCUUGCUGUCGCCGCCGACGUUGCUGCUGUGGCUGUUGCUGCUGAGCCUGGCGCCGCUGGGCGCCCGCGCCGAGCCUGCCGCCGGGAGCGCUGUCCCCGCGCAGAGCCGCCCGUGUGUGGACUGCCACGCAUUUGAAUUCAUGCAGCGCGCCCUUCAGGACCUACGGAAAACGGCCUACAGCCUGGACGCGCGGACUGAGACCCUUCUGCUGCAGGCUGAGCGCCGGGCUCUGUGUGCCUGCUGGCCAGCUGGACGCUGAAGAUCCUUAUCCAGUGACAUUCCCUGUCAAUAAAUGCCUGCUAGCA